GGGCGAGUGGCCAAUUCGCGGACAUAACGUUACGUCUAAAACGACCGCAUUCAAUUGGCUCGGCAGCACACGGGAAAAAGGAAUAGACGAAAUUAGUGUCACUCAUGUCAAUCGUGUCAUGCCAUGUCAAAUCAUAUGGAAAUAUGUGUGAAAAAUAACUACCUAAUCUUAUCUAACCUGCGAAGGUCCCAGUGAGGUGCCCGCAAGAUCAUCAAACUUGACAGUUCAAUCGUUCAAAGAUUGGUAUAAAAAUUUGCAACGAUUGGAUUAAUAUCACAUAAUUGAGUAUGGCCUGGCUCUCAGGACUUGCAGGAAAAGCGGAAAAUCUCCUUAACAAAAUUGAUCAGAAUACUGCAGCAGUGUUGAGCAAGGAAAAACAAGAAUCAGAGUCUCACUCUCUAUUGACGGAGGUGACAUGGGUUCCCCCUCAUUCCGGUUCACCGAAUAAACCUGCACUCUCGUCUUCUCCAACAUCUCCGCUACAUUCAACUGUACCUCAAGUACGCUCGACGCCAAAUUUGAGGACUUUAACACCUUUAAAAUCAAAAGUUUCUCGAGAUGAAGAGCUGAUCACGUUUUUAAAUACACCUACUACAACGCCAACCAAAUCUAUAAUUACCGACCAUGUUACGGCUCCAGCAACGCCUCUGUCAAUCUGUGUUGAACCUCCAACUGACAACACUGAUUCGAUAUCUGAAAUGUCGAUAAGGAGUGGCCAGAUCAGCCCGGUUCUUUCUCAUGCCUCUGUUGAUGUGCCUGAAAACGAUUUGGUCAACACAGAAAAUAAUCAUCUUGAUUUGGAAACUCAAAAUAUAAUUUUAAGAAAUGAAAUUGAAGCCUUAAACCAUGAGCUAAAUCUGAUUACGCACAGGGCUCAUUCUUCUGAAAGUGAGUGCAACGAAAUACGUCACAGAUUGGGAAUUCUUCAACGAGAGUUUGAGCACAAGUUUAACAGCCAAAAAUUGGAGAAUGAGACUCUUGUUAAAUCUUCCAAAGAUUCGGAUUUGCGAAAGGAUUUAAAAUCUGCACAGAGAAAUUUGGAGGAAAAGGAUGAACAGCUCGACAAACAGCAAACCGAUCAUCAGAAAGAAAUUCAUUUUCUGAAAGAGAAAUUAAUCUGCUCAGAAAAUAAACGGGCGGAGAUUGCUAAACAAUUGACCGAAUCUCAAUCGGUGUUGGAGAGAAAUAGAUUAGAGUUAUCUUCGACUAGAUCCGAGUUGGAACAGCACAGAGCUAGAGCACUAAAGACACUACAGGAAAAAGAAAAACUGAUUGCAGAGCUCAGAGGAAAUGCUACCACUGGAUUAGAUGAUGUGACUCUUAUGGAAUUGGACCAAAUCAGGCAAGAGCGUGAAGCUUUGAGGGAAGAAAAUCAACAGUUGUGUGACCAGCUACGAAUAGCACGGGAAGAAUUGGUAAAUGCAGAUACUAAAUUGGAGCAAAGUAGACAAGACACUGCCAUGGCAGCGGUACAAAUUCAGGAGACACUUGCGUUAGAAAGAAAUCGACGCCUGGCCAUCGAAGAGGAUUCACGGCAUCAUGCCGAGGAACUCAGGUCCCUCCAGGAGGAAGUAUCUCGUCAGCGCAGUGCUCUAGCUUCGAAGUUACAAAAGCAAGAGACAGAAAUUUCGAGACUUAGGUCGCAACUUUCAGCUGCUUUAACACCCAGCAGCGAAGUUGAAUCAAGAUUAUCCACACUGACGCAGACCCUUGUCCUAAAGCAACAAGCGCUAGAAAGCCUGACCACGGAAAGAAACGCUCUGCGCUUGCAGCUUGAAAAAAUUGAGCACCAGCACAGAGAUGUCAUUGGAAAUCUGAGGAAAAAUAUACCUUAUGACCACAUUAAUGACACAGACGACGCCAAAGCACAAGUACCAUCAUUUUUGCUAGAGACACCUUUCGAUACCGGCGUUGCCAGGCGUGUAAAAAGAGCUUAUUCGUCUCUGGAUGCCGUCAGCGUUCGGACAGGAGUAUUUCUGAGACGUUAUCCACUAGCAAGGAUUCUGGUGCUUGUUUAUAUGGUUCUUUUACACUUCUGGGUCCUUGUGGUCCUAUUUUCACAUUCCCCAGAGGCACAUUGAUUUCAUGCUACAAAUCUCAAAGUUUUCAUUCAGGAUGGAAUCUGACAAAAACGGGCUGGCAAGACAAUGGAAUCUGUUAUCGAGUUAUUCGAGGGGUAAAUCACCGGGCGAAAAUGUGUACACUACAUCUCUUUUUCUAAAAAUCUCCCGUCAUUCCUCAACAUCUCCCAACAUCUUCCGACAUCUCUCAACAUCACCCGACUUUUCCCCACAUUUCCUCAUACUGUCACAGUGCCGGCGUUUGGGUAGGGCGCGUUCGGGCAAUCCCCCGGGGCGCCAAGUCUAUAGGGGCGCCGGUGUCUGGUGAAUAAAGAAAGCGAAUAAAGAAGGAAGUAGAUUAGGGAGCCGUUUCUGUUUCUCAGAAAAAUGGUCUUUCUUGCGCACCAUUAAAAAAAUAAAAAACCGAGAAGAACUUACAGGCAUCUGUGUUAAUCUCCAACGAAAGCUUACAGUUGAUUCCGAUUGUGAUACAGUACAUGUAUUGUCUAACGAAGCUCAUUAGCCUCAACUUGUACAUUCCGUAUUAAGGUGGUUCAAUCUAAAGAAAUUUUUUUUUCAGCGUUGCUCCCUCUUAAAACUAUUGUUAAUGUUGACAAACAAAUUCCCUGCAAAAGUUGAGCAAAACGAAAACUUAAAAGCGGGACCUAUAAAUCUUGUCCGAUUAGGCUCAAAUUUCCAGAGGAUUUUUUUCAUCAUAAACAACAGUUUCAUAAGAAAGCAGCACUGAAAGAAUAAUUUGUUUCUAUGGUGAACCCCCCUAAGCAAAUCUGGAGAUUUAUUCGAGAAAUUUCUGUUUUCAUGAUCUCAGUCACUUGUAUGAGUUGUACCAAAAUUAGAUAAAAAAUAUCUAAAAUCAAUCUAGUAUUCGAAAACAAGCCAUAUGUGUAUUAGGUAUACGAUAAAUGAUACAUUGUAUUCUCAAUUGUAUUCCAAUGUGUCCGUACUAUUUAAAAUCAACGUACAUGCGAUUACAAUUACAAUUACAACAGGAUCUAAUAUGUACAUAAUUGCACAUAAUAAAAUAAGGGAAUACUUCGUAUAAAUAGAGAACAAUGAACAAGAAUCGCGAUUUUUUUAUAGUAUUAAAUAUUUUACUCUCAGUUUCAUUGUUACGGUAAUAGAAUAUAGAACAAGAAUUUUGUUGAAUCGACCGCGUGAUCAGACGUGGGUAUUUUCCAUAACAGUUUUUUUUCACCACCAAAGAAUAAGAAAUUUUCAGGAUUAUUCACGAAUACACCAAGAUAAUCCGAUAGUUCUUCCUUUGGCGAAACAUUCUUCAACUCACUUUUAACGAAUCGCUCGAUUUCAAAUACAUCACUUUCAGAUAUAUUUCCUAGCAAUACAUUAUUCGCAAAACCGUGUGGAGUCAAUUGUUUUUUUACGUGCGAAGGAAUGUCAUUUCAAAUUCACUUUCAAUGCUGUCGAAAAAAUCGCUCGCAGUUUCAGCCAUUUUUAUUGACAAAUUAGCGCAAUCAAUCGCGUGGUCAAAACGUACGCGCCUUGCAAAUGUGCACGCUGUAAUUAAUCCGUGUCGACACCUUCCAGUGUCACUCCUCCCAACUCUUCCACAUUCUGCGACAUUUACCGAAUUCUUCCGAUAUCUUUCAACAUCCGGCACAUCUGAUCCACAUCUCACCCAUAUCUCACUAAAUCUCACCACAGAUCGCAUAACAUCUCGUACAUCCUUGCACCUCCGAUACAUUUCCAGCCUCGUAUACACCAAACUUACCCGGUGAUUUAUCCCUCGGAGUUAUUACUUCAAGGAGGUUGUAAAUAAGCACUGUAGAUUUUCUAUACUGGGACACUGAGGUAAUAGAACAACGAUAUUCGUUGAUGAAAUAUUUUUUUAAUUGGUAGGUAUAUAGUGUCUUAAGUAUAAGGUGUAUGUAUUGUAUAACAACUAAAAACAAAUUUAAAUUAUAUAAUUGUAAAAUUGGUAAUACUAUCAAGGUUAUAAACGAGAAGAUGUACACAAUGCAUCGUACACUCCAUAAAUAAUUAAUUAAUAAUAAAUAAAUAAAUUAUAAACAAUCGAAUUCUUCAUACAGCUAAUGACUACGUUUUAAAACUACUGCCAAACGUAAUUAAUUUUCUCCUGCACUUGUUCACAUUAUAUAUUUAUUAUGAUUGGAAAGAAAAAACAUUGGUAAUGCUGAUAAGCAUUUUACUACAUUGCGUAAUUACACCUCAUGUAAGCUAAUCCAACACCAGUAUACUUUGUUGUUUUUCCUUUCUUCUCUUUUAAAUUAUUUACUUAUUGCAUUGUUAGUGAAACAUUUUUUGUAUCAAUUCUUUUCCCAUUCCAUUCUUCGAAUGGGUAUUUUGCAAUGAACUUUAUCAGGACAUUUUGUUUAGUACAUUGAGAUCACCAAGAUAUAAUGAAAAUAAUAAUAACAAUAUAAUUCGAAAGAUCGCACUUUCAUGGUGUUUUUGGUUAUUGAUCAAAUUUGAUUUGGCUUUUCUUACUCAGAUAUAAUUUAUUAUAAGGUAUUAAGGUAUGUAUUAUAUUUUUUAUAUUAGAAAACAGACGUCUAGACCAUAAGUUGUAAGCUAAUUAUGGUAAGCCCCAAGGCUUGAUAUGCUGGAAGCUACAUAGUUUUAUAAUGUUAAAUCUAAUCCUAAUAUCCUAAUGCAUAUAUUAUAUAACCUGCGUGUAAACUGUCACUACCCCAUCACUGCAGUAUACACAACACAGGCACUUAUCAGUGCAGUGUAUGUAACUGACAAUAAUUUACAGACUUUAGAAUUUAAACAUUGAGUCACAGAGAGCCUAGAUUGGCACGCAAAUGAACAAAUUACAUAUCAUCAACGUAUACAAUUGAGAAUUGAGCUUAUUAAUCACGCGUCAUUCGUAAAUAUCGCGAUAAUUUAUCCUUGAUUUUGCUUAUCGAUCAA